CCAAUGAACAUCAUCUUCUGUUUCUCCUAAUUUCUAAAUAUUUCCUUAUCAAUCUUUGUUUCUAAUUCUGAAUAAGCUUCUCGUUCCAGUUUCCAAUUGUCUUUCUUAUUAUUCUCCUUCCAUACGGCUUGAAGCUUGAUGCAUCCUCUCAUGGAAAAAGGAAAUGAAGUUAUCAAAUAUGAAGAGGAGUUUAUAUGUAGUUCGCGAGGUUUAAAGCUGUUCACAUGCAGAUGGCUACCAGAAAAGGGGAAGUCAAAAGCUUUGAUAUUUUUAUGCCAUGGAUAUGCGAUGGAGUGCAGCGUAUCUAUGAGAGAGACUGCAACGAGAUUGGUGAAGGCAGGGUUUGCAGUUUAUGGGAUAGAUUAUGAAGGACAUGGAAAGUCUACAGGAUUACAAGGCUAUGUGCCCAGCUUCGAUGGCCUUGUGGAUGAUUGUUUGAAUCAUUUCAUGAGCAUUUGUGAAAAACCUGAAAAUCAGAAGAAACAGAGAUUUCUGAUGGGAGAAUCCAUGGGAGGAGCUGUGGCUCUAAUCCUUCACAGGAAAGCACCGGUUUACUGGAAUGGUGCAGUGUUGGUGGCACCAAUGUGCAAGAUUGCAGAAGAAAUGAAGCCUCAUCCUGUGGUCAUUAACGUUUUGUCAAAGCUAAGCAAAGUUAUACCCACAUGGAGGAUUAUUCCAACUCAGGAUAUCAUUGAUGUUGCAUUUAAGAAUCCAGAGAAAAGAAAAGAGAUCCGCUCUAAUUCCCUUUGUUUUAAGGGAAGACCUAGGCUAAAGACUGCACACGAGCUUCUCCUGGUUAGCUUAGAUAUUGAGAAGAACCUCCACCAGAUUUCGUUGCCCUUCCUGAUUGUUCAUGGCGGUGACGAUAUCGUCACUGAUCCCGGCGUGAGUAAAUUGCUCUACGAGUCGGCUUCAAGUGAAGACAAGUCCUUCAAAUUGUAUCCUGGCAUGUGGCACGCCUUAACCUCAGCAGAGCCUCUUGAGAGCAUCGAUAUCGUCUUUUCAGAUAUUAUUUCAUGGCUAAAUGAAAGGACGAUCAUAAAGGGCGAAAUAGCGGAAAUUGAGCAAAAAUCAAUAUAUCACAAGAAUUAUAAAGAUUUAGAAGGAUAUGAGAUAAAGGGUAUAUAGAUUAGGCUGUUGCCUGCUGUUGAUCACGAACAAGGCUAUGUAGAUAUAUGGUGGAUUUUGUAAUGGUGAAACAAAUUUAUAAACAUAUCAAACAAAGGUUUAUCUUUGUAUAGAUGUUUUUAAAAUGCCAAGUUGUUUUAUCAAUUGGGUCAAUGAGAUUGUACUAUCGGUACUCUAAUUCCUCGAGUAAUUAUAUUAAUUAUGUAAUUCAUUUUGAUUUA